AAUCUUGUCGUUGUCCUCACCUCUCCAUCUCAACCGGCACCGCGCGCAUCGAAAAAUCGCCAAACCCCCCUCUACAGGCAUCGACACCCAUCUUGGAAAGUGUCCAGCAACCUUUUCAACGCGAUUUCCUCGCGCUUCCCGCUCGAGGCAACGCCCCGACGCCGCGCCUUUUUCCCUCCCUCCCCCCAAAACUGCUGUUUUUUCGCCUCGCGUCCGACUCCCUCUCUGCCACCCAAUUUUCUUCCCUCCUCUCUCUACCACUAUCUCUCCCGGCCCUCCCCCCCCCCACGCCUCGCGGCACCGCAUUCGCAUCCUCCCCCAUUUUCCAUCAACCUCCGUCGCCGAACUCCAUCCUUUUCAUCUCGGUGAACCUGUUCCCACGCGACUGACGUGUCUCCGUUUCUGACGACGCCAUCGCGCUUGCCGACUCCGAACCACGUCGCCCUCCCCUAGCCUUCUGUUUCCACACGACGCGCCGCAUUUCCAACCCGUCCACUGUCACUAUUAGCAUUCUAGUCUCUCAUUUCGCGACGAGCCCGGCGCGACCAACCUUGAACACGGCUCCACCCGUCAACACCUCCGGCGCCCUUCGCAUGAUAAUGCGCGCGAGAUAGCCGUUGCAUCUCUAGAGAUUCACGCAGUCAAUAGAUUUGCGGUAUUCCACACUGCCCAUCAUGGCUUCCGUUCAGGCUGCCCCUGCCGUCCAGCUCCCUGGCGCCGGCAUGACCGCCACCACACCUCAACAGGCUCAAGAGAUAUUCAACAAAUUUAAGCAGAUGAGAGAAAAUGGCGUCCCCACCACCGACCCCGAAUAUAUCAAGGCCGAGCAGUUCGUUCUGUCUUUCCAACAACAAGCGCGUCUACGACAGAAACAACAAGCUUUCCUCCAACACCAGCAGCAACAGCAGCAGAUGCAACAGCAGCGACAGAUGCAGCAGGCUGGUGGUCCUAAUGGCGCUGUCAACGGCGCGCAUCCCGCUCAGCAGCAGCAACAGUCAACACAACCAUCUGCGUCUAGUGCGCUCGGCGGCUCUGCCCUUCCCUCUGCAAGCUCAAAUACCUCGGUCGCCGCCGCCGGCUCGCCAACCACAUCGGCUCCGUCCAGCGGUCCUGGCGCUGGUCAAUUCAACCCUCAGCAACUGAGUCUGCUUCGCCAACAAAUCCAUGCAUUCAAGUUGCUGACAAAGAAUGCUGGCGUUCCUUUGCAGAUGCAGCAGGCCAUCUUCGCCCAGCGCGAGCGGAGGAAAGCCAUCGCCGCCGAGGCCGCCGCGAUGGCGGCUUCAUCAACACCGGCACCCGUUUCUCGCGACUCCGCACAGCCUGGUCCGAAUGGCGUCGAGUCCAAGUCUGAACCUCCCGAGGUUCAGGGCCCGACGUUCAAGGCUGUCAAGUCUCCUUACGACGACCCCAACCUGAUCCGCAAGUCCAUCAGCUACUUCGAACACACCCAGCGUAGGAACCGCAAGCUCAUUCCUGGACUUUUCCCUACCGGUGUGGACUUUGACCAGCUGCGCUACGAGAGAGAAGUCAUCAUCUUCAACCGCAUGCGUGACCGUUACGCCGAGCUGAAGAGCACGCCGGCAAACAUCGCUCACUGGGACACCACCGCGGACGAUGUCGAACUGGACGACAGCGCCAGGAUCAAGGCCAUCAUCGAGAUGAAGGGUCUGGGGCUGUACGCCAAGCAGAAGGCAAUGCGCGACAAGAUUGGCCGCUCAAUGAUGUUUUACGACAACCUCGCUAUGACCACCAACCGUUCCAACUACCGCCGCACCAAGAAGAUGACGGUUCGCGAGGCUAGAAUCACCGAGAAGCUUGAGAAGCAGCAGCGCGAUAUCCGUGAGAACCGUGAGAAGAAGAGGCAUACCGACUUCCUCGCGGCCAUUACCCAACACCGGAACGAGAUCCAGCAGACUGCCGCAAGCCAGCGUAACAAGUCGAGCAAGCUUAACAAGCUCAUGUUCGCCCAGCACUACAACAUUGAGAAGGAAGAGCAGAAGAGAAUCGAGCGCACCGCCAAGCAGCGUCUGCAAGCCCUCAAGGCCAACGACGAAGAGGCGUAUCUCAAGCUGCUCGACGAAGCCAAGGACACCCGUAUUACCCACCUUCUGCGACAGACCGACGGGUUCUUACGCCAGCUCGCCGCCUCUGUCAAGUCUCAGCAAAGGAAGGCUCUGUUGGAACAAACUGGCGAGGAACAGAUGCCAGAGGAAGAGGAGGAGAGCGAGCACGAGAGCGACGCAGACGACACGAGCGGAAGGAAGAUUGACUACUAUGCCGUUGCCCACAAGAUCAAGGAGGAGGUCACCGAGCAGGCCAACAUGCUCGUGGGUGGCAGGCUCAAAGAAUACCAGGUCAAGGGUCUGCAAUGGAUGAUCUCACUGUACAACAACAAUCUCAACGGUAUUCUUGCAGACGAGAUGGGUCUCGGCAAGACCAUCCAGACCAUCAGUCUGGUCACGUACCUCAUCGAGCGCAAGAAGCAGGAGGGGCCUUAUCUGGUCAUCGUGCCACUCAGUACUUUGACCAACUGGACCCUUGAAUUCGAGAAGUGGGCCCCGUCCGUCAGCAAGAUCGUCUACAAGGGACCUCCCCUGGCCAGAAAGCAACAGCAGGACAAGAUUCGCCAGGGACGCUUCCAGGUUCUGCUCACGACAUACGAGUACAUCAUCAAGGACCGGCCGGUUCUUAGCAAGAUCAAGUGGUUCCACAUGAUCAUCGACGAAGGUCACCGCAUGAAGAACCAGAACUCCAAGCUCACGUCCACCAUCCAACAAUACUACCACACCCGAUUCCGCCUGAUUUUGACGGGUACCCCGCUGCAGAAUAACCUUACUGAGCUGUGGGCCAUGCUCAAUUUCACCCUCCCCACUAUUUUCAAGUCUGCCAAGACUUUCGACGAGUGGUUCAACACGCCCUUUGCCAACACGGGUGGACAGGACAAGAUGGACCUCACGGAAGAAGAGCAGAUUCUCGUCAUUCGUCGCCUGCACAAGGUGCUGCGGCCCUUCCUGCUGCGUCGUCUGAAGAAGGAUGUCGAAAAAGACCUCCCGGACAAGACAGAAAAGGUCAUCAAGUGCAAGUUCUCGGCCCUGCAGAGCAAGCUGUACAAGCAGAUGGUCACGCACAACAAGAUCCUCGUCAGCGACGGACAGGGUGGCAAGGCUGGUGCUCGUGGUCUGAGCAACAUGAUCAUGCAGCUUCGCAAGCUCUGCAACCACCCCUUCGUCUUUGACGAAGUCGAGAACACCAUGAACCCCAUGAGCAUCAGCAACGACUUGCUCUGGAGAACGGCCGGCAAGUUUGAGCUCUUGGACCGGGUUUUGCCCAAGUACAAGGCCACGGGCCAUCGCGUCCUGAUGUUCUUUCAGAUGACGGCGAUCAUGGACAUUAUGGAAGAUUACCUGAGAUACCGCAACAUGAAGUACCUCCGUCUGGACGGUACGACCAAGUCAGACGAGCGUUCCGAUCUGUUGCGCGAGUUCAAUGCUCCGAACUCGGAUUACUUCAUGUUCUUGCUGUCGACACGUGCCGGUGGUCUUGGUCUGAAUUUGCAGACUGCCGACACCGUCAUUAUCUACGAUUCUGACUGGAACCCUCAUCAAGAUUUGCAGGCCCAGGAUCGUGCCCAUCGUAUCGGGCAAAAGAACGAGGUUCGCAUCCUGCGUCUCAUCAGUUCCAACUCGGUCGAAGAGAAGAUCUUGGAAAGAGCCAGGUACAAGCUCGACAUGGACGGCAAGGUCAUCCAGGCCGGUCGUUUCGAUAACAAAUCGACGGAAACAGAUCGUGACGCCAUGCUGCGAACCCUUUUGGAGAGUGCCGACCUUGCAGAAACGGGAGAGCAGGAUGAGAUGGACGAUGAGGAGUUGAACCUGCUCCUCGCUCGUAGCGACGACGAGGUGACCGUCUUCCAGAAGCUCGACGAGGAGCGGAAGAAGGACCCAAUCUACGGCGAUGCGGCCGGCGCGAAGGCCAAGCCCCGUCUGUUGGGAGAGGACGAACUCCCCGACAUCUAUCUGGGUGACGGCAGCCUGGUGGAAGAGGAGGUGGAGACGAGUCUUGGACGCGGAGCCCGUGAGCGGACCAAGGUUCGUUACGACGACGGUCUCACGGAGGAGCAGUGGCUCAUGGCUGUCGACGACGACGACGAUUCUCCCGAGGCUGCUGCUGCGCGUAAGCAAGCACGCAAGGACAAGAGGGAGAACAACCGGCUCAAGAGGACAGCCGUAAUGAACGCCGCGGAUGCCUCUCCCUCGGUAAGUCGCGCCAGCACCGAGGAAGUGGAAACGCCCAAGAAGAGGGGUCGCAAGCCCGGCAGCAAGAACCAGGAGAAGCGCAAGGCAGACGAUGGCGAGGAUGAGCCGCCAGCCAAGAAGCGUCGCGGACCCCAAGGCAGACCCAAGGCGGUCUCCGUGUCGGCGGGGUCUGAAGCGCCACGAAUCUCGGCCCAGCAGCGCCAGUCCCUCCAGACAAGCGCGCGUGCCCUAUUUGACGGACUCAUGAACCUUGAGGUCGACGAUCCGGAGCCCCCUGAGGAGGAUGAUGACGAGUCGGUGGCAGGCAAGCGGAUCAUUAUCGGACCGUUCCUUGCUUUGCCUCCCAAGCGCGACUACGCCGACUACUACUUGAUCAUUCAGGCCCCCAUCUCGAUGAAGCAGAUCGAGCAAAAGAUUAAGAAGCAGCAAUAUUAUAGCCUCGGCGACAUGCGCAAGGAUGUCGAUCUCAUGUUCAGCAACUGCCAAACGUACAACGAGGAGGCAUCACUUCUGUACCAGGAUUCCCUGACUCUGCAGAAAUUCUUCCACGAGCAGCUCCAGAAGGAACUCGAGGAGCACCCGGAGUUGCAAGAGCUUGAGGGCGAUGGCCCUAAGGAGGCGUCUGUGGCACCUAGCGCCAGUGCGAGCGUCGGAACCCCUCAACCGGUUACGUCGGCCACGAGAAUCAAGCUGAUCUCUUCGGCUUCCAACGGCGCCAAAGAAGCGAACGGCGAAAGCAACGGAGGCAGCAACGGUGCUCCGAGUGACCAGGAGUAGCCGGAUCGACUCUGAUAGGCGUAGACGUUUCAGUGAUCGCAUUUGACGUUUGAUGACGUUUGAGUACGUUUUUUGUCUUCUACGGGGUUUGAUGCAACAACAACAACAACAACAACAAAAAACGGCGAUGGCGUACAGUCAAGAGCUGGCCUAGUGCAAAGCGCCGGACGACUCAACGACCGUGAGAUCAUCAAAAACUGCUGCACAUUUACAGGCGUACUGGUUUGGGAAGGGUUGGAACAUUGUACAGGUUUUAUGGCGGGAAUUGGCACUCGAUACAAAUACCAUGGGCCAUAAAUUGGGCCGCAGAGGAAGAGAGAGGCUGUUGUCGGGUUGUUUGAACGGGGUGGUGGAUGGCGACCGAGGGGGAGCGGCGGAUUCUACAUCGGCUCAAACGGUGGUAGAGAUGGGUCGCAAAGUUUGUUAGACUAGCAAGCAAAUGUAUUUUAAUAGAU